UGGAUUUGGUUACUACUACUCCCACUGAUAUUACUUGUAACGACUGUAAUAAAGCUAUUUUAAAUAUUUUUGUUGAUUACUUUAAAACUCAUCCUGAAUCUGCGGCUGGCUUACCUGUCAGUCGUCUUUGUACCCUUUUUAAACUAUGGUUACAGCAAAGUGUAGUAAUAGAGAUUCCAGAUACCACUAGUUCCAUGCCUACUAGUUCCUCUGCGCCUCCAGAUAAAGGAAGUCAGCUAGGCUGUCAUAAAAAUGGAAUGUUUAUUUGA